GCAACAGAUCACGCCAAUCCACUCUCGGCACUGCCAUCAUUAUUCACACAGCGAUCAUCCAGCCAGCGGCACUUAUCCCAGACAUCAUGAAGCUGUUGCUGUUGGCAGCCCUGGUGGGCAUGGCUGCGGCCGGUCGCCUGGACAACUCGUACCUGCCCCCUGCUGGUGCACCGCUGGCUGGUGGAGCCCCUGGAGCCAUUGCAGCGCCCUUCGGCGGACCUGGAGCAGGAGGAGUCUUCGGAGCUAGAAGGCCCGGAGCCGGCGGUCUGGGAGGAGCUGGGCUUGGUGGUGCCGGUCUGGGAGGCGCUGGCCUUGGUGCUGGAGGUGCUGGCCUCGGUGGUCUUGGAGGUGCCGGACGAGGCGGACUCGGAGGCGCCGGUCUCGGUGGUGCUGGGUUAGGUGGAGCUGGUCUCGGAGGUGCCGGUCUCGGUGGUCUUGGAGGUGCUGGACGAGGCGGUCUUGGAGGCGCUGGACUUGGUGCUGGAGGCGCUGGCCUUGGUGGUCUUGGAGGUGCAGGACGAGGCGGUCUUGGAGGCGCCGGUCUUGGAGGAGCUGGUCUGGGUGGUCUUGGAGGUGCAGGACGAGGCGCUGGUCUCGGAGGUCUCGGCGGGCUAGGAGGUGCUGGUCUUGGUGCAGGCCGAGGUGGACUCGGAGGCGCUGGUCUCGGUGGUGCUGGAGCUGGUGUGGCCAGGGGACCUGUCAUUCCCAUUCUCAGAUACGAAAAUGUCAACAAUGGUGAUGGCUCCUAUGCCUUCAGCUACGAGACCGCCAACGGCAUCGCCCAGGACGAGCAGGGUUACCUGAAGAACGCCGGCAUUCCCGACGCUGAGGCCGAGACUGUUCAGGGCCGCUACACGUACACUGGAGACGACGGCGCGCAGUACACCGUCACCUACACAGCCGACGAGAACGGCUUCCAGCCGCAGGGUGCCCACCUGCCCACUCCACCCCCAAUCCCUGAGGAGAUCCUGCGCUCCCUGGAGCAGAACGCUGCUGAGGAGGCCGCUGCUGCCCGCGGUGGAGGAAUUGCUGGUGGUGCGUACGCUGGUGCUCCUGGAGCAGGUGCAUACGCAGGUGCUCCUGGAGCAGGCGGUGCCUUUGGUGGCGCUCCUGGAGCUGGUGUCGGUGGUGCCUUUGGAGGUCGCCCUGGAGCUGGAGUUGGUGGCGCUUUCGGUGGCGCGCCUGGAGCUUUCGGUGGUGCACCUGGAGCUGGUGGCGCAUUUGGUGGCAGGGCACCUGGAGCGUUUGGGCGCCCCGGUGCCGGCGCUGGAGCGUUUGGCGGCAGACCUGGAGCGCUGCCCAGCUACUCGCCGUCCAGCGGCUACUCCUACCCCACUCCAGGAAAAUCACUCCAUUCCAUUCCUGGCGAUAGCGUCGUCAUUCGCACCGUGAUCUUCCAGCCAGGGGCACUUAUCACAAGCAUAAUGAAACUGUUGGUGUUGGCAGCCCUCGUGGGUGUGGCGGCAGCUGGCCGUCUGGCCAACUCGUACCUACCUCCCGCGGGUGCACCCCUGGCGGGCGGAGCACAAGGGGCCAUCGCAGCGCCAUUUGGCGGACCUGGAGCUGGUGGAGUCUUCGGACCUAGAAGGCCUGGUUUCGGAGGAGCUGGUCUCGGUGGUGCUGGCUUAGGAGGACCUGGAGGUCUUGGUGGUCCUGGUGGUCUUGGUGGUGCAGGCCGAGGAGGUCUUGGUGCUGGACGAGGCGGCCUUGGCGCAGGUCUGGGAGGCGCAGGAACUGGCGCCAGUCUUGGAGGUCUUGGUGGUCUCGGAGGCGCCGGUCUCGGUGCUGGCCGAGGUGGCCUUGGAGGUGCUGGUCUUGGUGCUGGCCGAGGUGCAGGUGCUGGUCUUGGUGGUGGUGCUGGCAGAUUCAUCCCAGGCGCUGGUGCUCCAAGUGGACCAGUCAUUCCCAUCCUCCGAUACGAAAAUGUCAACAACGGCGAUGGAAGCUAUGCUUUCAGUUACGAGACUGGAAACGGCAUCGCCCAGGACGAGCAGGGCUACCUGAAGAAUGCCGGAAUUCCUGAUGCUGAGGCGGAGACCGUGCAGGGCCGCUACACAUACACUGGAGACGACGGCGCUCAAUACACCGUCACCUACACCGCCGAUGAGAACGGCUUCCAGCCGCAGGGCGCCCACCUGCCCACUCCACCACCAAUCCCCGAAGAGAUCCUUCGCUCUCUGGAGCAGAAUGCCGCUGAGGAGGCCGCUGCCAUCCGGGCUGGAGGAGUUGUCGGUGGCGACUACAGUGGCGCCGGUGGUGCUGGAACUGGAGCUGGUACAGGCUUCCGUGGUGUCGCUGGUGCUGGUGGUGUCCUUGGGGGUCGCCCUGGAGCUGGAACUCCAUUCGGCGGCGCCCCUGGUGCUGGAGUCUUCGGACGGCCCGGUGCUGGAGCUCGCCGGCCCGGCGCCCUGCCCAGCUACGCGGUGGCCAGAGGUUACACCUACCCUGACCCUAACCAACCCCAACCCUGAUGAGUAAGCGUCUGGAGGUUUCCAGCUGGCCUGGAUGUCCAACAAGCCCGCUUGUCUCACCUAGCUGGACAUAGCCAGUGUCUCAGUCCACUGCCCACCUACCAUUUUCACACAUGAAUGCGGACUUCUUUUGCCACUGUGUCGACUGCAAGGACUCUGAGAAGUGUUCAAGUAUACCUGACGAAUUCACUGUUGUCUUAGUGGAACUUAAAGGCAACGCGACAGUCGAAAGCCUUCUCUCUGUGUCCUUCUACCUUCUAAAUAUUAGAGCACAGCGGAAUAUACUUCAAGAUUUAGUGCGCCAUGACAAUAUUCUGGUGCUCCUACUGACUAUUUCUAUGUUGCGAAAACAUCACUUGUAAAUAUCCUAAAUUAUUUCUUACUCCUUUACUAUUUUCUGCUUCAAUGUUCAGACAGUAAAACUUAUGACGACAAUGGCAUUGUGCGUGGCACAGUUCACGACUAGAAACUCGUGUUCUGUGCCCAUAAAAACACUAUUUAUUUCUGUGAUGCAAAAGUGAAAAAAAAACAAUGU